ACAAUAUUUAUAGUCAUUAUAACUGCCAUCCGUUUUACACUAAUUGUAUGGCGACUGUAUCUGAAACGAGGUUUCCAGUGGACUGGUAGCCCAAAUACCUGGGCAGUGGUUACCGGCGCCACUGACGGCAUCGGACUAGAGUUUGCCAAACAAUUAGCCGAAAAAGGCUAUAAUCUUCUGCUUAUUAGUCGCAGUGAACAUAAAUUGUUAAAUGUUAAACAUGACAUCGAGUGCCGGCACCGGGAGUGCAGUGUACGGGUGCUGGCAAUAGAUUUUACGAACAGUAAUGUAUAUGAGAAGAUCGAUAACGAACUAAGACAGUUGACUAAUAUACAGGUUCUCGUCAACAAUGUUGGUAUGUGUUAUCCGAGUGAAACUCCCGAAUACUUUCUCAACAUACCGAAGCUCAAUGAGUUCAUACCGGCCAUUCUCAACGUCAACGUACGCGCCUGUACUCAACUGAUAGCACUGGUAUUACCUCAGAUGGUGGCCUCGGGCCGUGGAGUCAUUAUUAAUUUGUCAUCGGCUACGGCUCUGCAUCCCGUUCCUCUGUUAUCAGUCUAUUCGGCUACCAAAGUCUACAUCGACUAUCUGUCCCGAUCGCUACACCAGGAAUACAAGUCCAAAGGCAUAGUCAUACAGUCACUGGUACCGGCCUACAUAUCCACCAAUAUGUCACACAAUAUGUCGUCCAAUUGGUUUGUGCCAACUGCUCGCCAAUACGUGACCAGUGCCUUGAAAACUGUAGGCAAAGAGCCGCGAACUUCGGGCUAUUAUACGCACCGUUUUUUCAACUUUUUCAACUACUGGGGCACUGUUUCGGCCGAAUUGCUUGGCAUUAACUUUUCGCUUAAGGUUAGCUACGCUCGGCUCCGGGGUAUUAGGCAUCGUAUUAUUCAUAAGAAAAUGGGUAACAACAACAACAACAACAACAAUAUUACUACUACCGGUGCCGAUGACGAUGACGAAGAAAUGGCAUUGAAUACUGCAAUCAAUGCAAACAAUAAUAAUAAUGAUUGA